UUAUCUGUUUCCGAAAAGCGGAAAUGACCACAAACUAUUCUGACGGAAAUGGUCGCGGAGUAUAGUGCGUAAACAAGAUGUCGCUGUCCACAAGAAGGUGUCAGUGAAGUUCACGUUCUUAUCACUGGAAGUUGGUGUACGUGAUUAAACAUGCCUAAAUAUUAUGAGGAGAAAGAGGAGGAGAAGCACCCGUGUGGCGGAGUGAAGGAGGAUUUGAAGAGCUGUCUGUUACAGAGUGACUGUGUGCUGCAGGAAGGAAAGAGCCCAAAGGAAUGUUUAAAGGAAGGAUACUGCAAAGCUCUCCAAGUAACCUUUUUUGAGUGCAAAAGAUCAAUCCUGGACAACAGAGCAAGAUUCAGAGGAAGAAAGGGAUACUGAUGGCUGGAAACUUCCUGUUUCAUAAAAAGAUGCCUUUAACAUACAGAAAUUUUCCUCAUUGUUGGCACUUGAUGAACAAAAACAACAUCCUCUCAGUCGCAGAUUUAAGAACAUAUCUGACCUGUGAACUAUUACAGGUAUAAAGCCAAACACAGAUCAUCAAGUCUAAAAAUUGUAGCCGUUGCUAAUAACAAGGGGGUGGAGACCACUGUUUGUGAAAUUACACAUUUUAUAUAUUAUAUAUAACUGCAUUAAAUACUUAUUUGAUUUGUAA